GAGCCCACCGCUCGCGGCCCAGAGCCCACUAACUCCGUCUCGAUCUCCUCGUCCCUGUAUCCCCGGCUCCCCGCGCCGCCCUCGCCGGAGAGGAGCCCCUCGGCCAUCCGCGGCAAUGGCGUUCUCCUUCUCCUCGCCGGCGCAGCAGAACCCUUUCCAGACGCCAACGCAGCAGAAUCCGUUCCAAACCCCAGCCCCGCAGAACCCGUUUCAGACUCCGGCGCCGGCGCAGACUCAGGCGCCGGCGCAGUCGCCUUCGCCGUUCCAGUUUAACUUCCAGCAACCCCAGCAGCAGCAGCAACAACAGCAGCAGCAGCAGCAGCAGCAGCAGCAACAACAACAGCAGCAGCAGCAGCAACAGGCCGCGGCGACGGCGCAGCCUCAGCAGCAGCAGCAGCAGCAGCAGCAGCUGAUGCUGUAUACAAAGGAGGGGAAGCCCGCAGGGUACAACACGAAGUGGGACGAGCUCCACGCCGACUCGCAGAAGGCGCUGCUUCAGAUCGAGGAUAAAAUACGGGAGUACAAGGACGAGAGUGAAAGGUUGGAUCAGUGCAGCCGCCUUCAUGACUCCUCAAUCUCAAAUGUCAAUUUUGAGCUCGAUGCAAGUCACAUUGCUCAGGAACUUGCAGGGACUGCAACCGUAAUUGAGAGAGAGAAGGCAUCUGUUCAAGAGUUGAUGACUGUUGUUAAUGAAAUGAUGUGGAACACAGAAUUUGCUAUUCGCUCAUAUAUGAUGUUGAGACCAAGGUUCCUCAAAUCAGCCACUGGUUCUUCAAAUCCUUCUGGGCCUGCUGGAGUUCUGCCCAAUCAGCCUGGACCAACCAAUGAUUUCUAUAGUGGCGUCCCAAAGAGGCCUUCCCUUUUUAUGCUGCAAACUGUCAACAAGUUUGAGAAGUAUCUUGAUGAAUGCUGCAAGUGGAUUACUGAACUAGAGCAGCUGGUUCAAAUCGAGAAUAAUAAAAGAUCAUCAUCUUCUGUGGAAUCUCUGCCAAAAGUUAUGUCGAAUGUGCAUGACUAUUUCAUCUAUGUUGCUUCAAAGGUGGAAAAUCUUCAUCAGUAUGUUGUGUCGAUGAAAACUGAAUAUCUACAUGGUCAGCGCCGUUUGGGCAAUGCAAAUGAUCCAUUUCUAGAGGCAAAUAGAAGAGAAGCAGCCAAAGAAGAAGCAGCUGCCAAAAGAGUCCAUCCAACAUUGCAUCUGCCUGCUCCUGCACAGCCCACAACACAAACUGCUGCACCAGCAACAAGCCAACCACAGCAAUCUUUGCUCCCUUCUGGAGGAACUUCCUCGAGUGCCCUUGCAGCUUUUAGCAUGCCGGCUUCUGCUCCAUCCACUUCGAGUCUCUUUUCAACACCAACAACUUCAAGUCUCACAACUAACCUUUUCGGUACAACUGGAUCAGCCCAGCUGUCCACACCAUUUGGGACAUCCUCCACUCCUACACUUGGAUCAACACCAACUCCGUCUGGAUUUGGUGGGGGUAUUAGCCCAUCUUUUCCUUCAACGCCUGCUUUAACUGGAACUUCACUAUUCUCUACACCAUUUGGAGGCGGGGCUACAGCUUCAGGGUCCAGCUUUGGCGGCACAUCUAAGGGGAGGUCAAAGGCCCGAGGCCGGCGCUAGACGUAACUUGAUCGGCCGUGAAAUGCGGGCGGGGCCGCCUCUUGUAUCUCCUGUCUACUGAGAACAAAAAACUUGUAAUUAAUUUUCCAGGCAAUUCUAGGAGAGCUAUAUAUCUUGUCAAGUGCUUGGUACCAGAUUCAUUUAUCUAAGGCUUGUUGUUAGCUUCGUUCCGGCUGUGGACCUCCUCAGUGAUAACAGAGCUCAGCAUUCCUAUUUUUAGGGGCAACGGUUGUAAACUUGUAUUAACAGUACAACUAGUUUGUGAUUGCCCUCGAGUAAUCUCAAGCCGUUGCAGAACCUUAUUUAUAAUUAGAGCAUAACUUUGAGGGGUUU